AGGCAUUCAAUAGUAUUGUUGUUAUUAUUUGUGUUUACAAUGAGUUUCAAUGCGUUAUACCAUUGACUGACACUUUGAAUCCCUUGCCAUCGGUUCCCAAACCAAUCGCAUGUCUCACUCCCGAUGUCAACACUUCCAGCCAUCAGUUGAUCGCAGACAGAGACCGCCGACACACGUGCCCAUCACUUCUUGAGCUUCGAGUGCGAGCACAUCCCGCAUAUCACCGGACAUCACAUCCCAUACAAACACCACCGCCGCAGCGAUAAUGAUACACAACAACGAAGUGAUAUCCAUCGAAGAGGAUCUGCUCAACUGUCGACAGAUGAUCCGGAGGUUCACAUUCAAUAACCGCAACAACAAUCUCCGCGUCGGUGUCCUAACCAUCGGCGCCUCUUUGGUCUCCUGCGAACUCGACUCGCAUCAGAUCAUUGUCACCCAUCAUCAGCCACAACAACAACAGCCACAGCAGUACCACAACAAUCAUCACAAUCACGGCAACGGCGGACCGAUAAACGCCGGUCCCUAUGACUUGUCCACCACCGGAAACGGCGCCGCCGCUGUUGGCCAGCAAUUGGCGCCAUCGCAACCGCCGCCACCCUCUCAGCCGCCCCCGAGUCGGACCAAUUGGAUCAGUCACGUGAGAGGGCCGGACACGCUGUCGCUGACCGCCGGCGUCAGCUCAUCCCAGUCCCAGUCGAUUGUCUAUCAGUUGACACAAGAGAAUCAGUUGAUAGUCAGCGGGAGGUUUAAAUCGCAACAACAGCUCUUCAAUCCGUAUUACUUUAAUCUGAAUUGCGCCACAAGUAAGACAUCGCUCGACGGCCACUACCUUCAGAUCCGGUCGUCGGACUCGACAGCACUGAUUCGACAGCAAAUCACGUCCAACAACUGCGGCGCCGACAACGAGAUAAACUUUGUGACGGCCAACGGCUGCCCAAUUCCCGGCACAGCCGACGGCCUCGACGGCGGCAAUGAGUUAGACUUUGACGCCAUAUACUGUUUGACCAGCGCUACGGCACCCGACGCUCAACUGAUGGCUACAUUGCGGUUCCAAAGCCGAUCGGUUGAGGUGUGCGUCCAAAGUGGCGCCAGUAGUGGAGGACAGCAACAAAACGCCGGCCAAACGGCCAACGCUUUGAAUCUGAAGCUAAGGGUCCGCAUAGCGAACGGCGCCGUCUGUCUAAUGCCGGCCCUUAUGAACGAAUUCAAGUGUAUUUAUAAGUUUGUUUGGUGA